UUUGCACGAGUCGGUGGUCAGAUAUUGGUGUACAAACUCAUUUUGAUGUUUGCUGAUGAAGCGCAUCCGCCGAGGCUAGAGAAGGAGGAGCGAUUGGCGCUAUCUCUUAUUUCUGUUGCCUCUGCAUCUGGUUAGUAUCUGUGGGUAAUGCCCCAGAUUUCAACCGUACCCUGACACCGUUUAGCGGCGGAAGUGAAGGAAAUGACCUAGAGGCCUUACAGAUACAUUUGUGCUUUGGUCGCUCUAAUCUGCAUCCGCAGAGGACAGCGAGAUCUGGAAGCACACUUGUUUCCGCGGUGAGUAAUAUCUACCUCAGCCAGCAGACCAGGGAGAAACCAGGAAGCUUGUGGAGACUUCAGAAAGGCAGACGGAGCAAUCAGCUGGCCGCUCGCUCACUGCCUGCCGAGCCCUGCUUUGUGAAGAGGAUCUGAGACGGACUGGAUCUGUCUGCCCCUCGCCCUCCCACUACUCAGCCAGCCGCUGCAGAAGAAGAAAACGAAGCCAGACCCUCUGAUUCCAGCUUUGACUAGCUUGUUAUUGUUUUUUGUUUUUUUUCUCUCUCUCUCUUGACAUUUCCUUUUUGUGCUGUUAACUGGUGUCAUUUUCCAAGGAUUCACUUUGGCUUUCAGAUUUUAAAACAUUUCUUUUCUACUUUUACUAGGGCGGGCUGGUGUAGGUUUCUGUAUGUACAUACAUGUAUAUGCUUUCUACGCUAUAUGAAGAAGGAUUCUUUUCCCUGCUGUGAAGGAAAGUUAAUGCACUUUAAACGGUGGCUGUAGUACUUUUCCUCUUUUUAUUAUGAUCUUUUUGGUUGAUGCUGCAAACAGAGAAACUGGGGGUGUGUCUUUGUUUACACUGGGCAUGACGUAUCUGCAGCGGGGCUGCAUGUAAGCAUUUUAUUCAGCCUGCAGAGUUUUGAUCACCCUUUGGCCUCACCCACUCUGUGCUGCCCCUCUACAAGGCACACUGAGAUGCCCCUCUGGCAGGUGGAAUCCUCGAGCUGUCUUUCUUCUCAAACCUGAACACUUUCAGGGCUGUUCUUUUUUCUUUUUUUUUUUUUAAUUAUUGUUAACAAAAGGUCAAGAGCACUUUGCGGGGAAAAAUCAGAGUACAAACAGGAGCUUCCGGUGCUGUUGCACCACCUAUGUAUUGUUGUAGUGCGCAGGAAAGUAAAAUGGACUACAAGCGUCGCUUUUUGCUCGGCGGGUCCAAGCAGAAAGUGCAGCAGCACCAGCAGUACCAGAUGCCUGAGCUGAGCCGGACCCUGAGCGCCUCUCUGGCCUCCUCUUGCUCGACUUCGUCGCCCAUCGGUAGCGGGGUGGGCAUGCCGGGCGGCUGUCACCCACCCCACUCCGGCACCACCACCGCCGUCGCCGACAUCCAACAAGGCAUCUCCAAGUAUCUGGACGCCCUUAACGUGUUCUGCCGGGCCAGCGCCUUCCUCACAGACCUGUUCAGCAGCGUGUUCAGGAACUCUCACUAUUCCAAAGCAGCUAUGCAACUGAAGGACGUGCAGGAACACGUCAUGGAGGCGGCCAGCAGGCUGACUGCAGCAAUAAAGCCUGAGAUCGCCAAGAUGCUGAUGGAGCUGAGUGCCGGGGCUGCCAACUUCAAAGACCAGAACGACUUCAGUCUGCAGGAUGUUGAGGUGCUGGGUCGGUGCUUCCUCACGGUGAUGCAGGUCCAUUUCCAGUUCCUAUCGCAGGCUUUGCAGAAAGUCCAGCCCGUGGCUCAGUCCUGCCUGGCCGAGGCCCUCGCCCAGGCCCAGGAGCGCUGCAACAACGCCCGCUCCCAGAGCUCUGACCUCGGGCCCCUGACAGAGCUGGAAGAAGCCUCCCGCUCGUGGAAAGGUGCAGCUGAGGCCACAUCGAGGCUGAGGGAGAGGGGCCGGGACGGCUGCCUGGCAGGCAUCCAGGUUCAGCAGCUCUUCUGCUCCAACAACACCACCAUCCCUGAGCACCAGCUGAAAGAGCUCAACAUGAAGAUUGACAGUGCUUUACAGGCCUAUAAAGCAGCUUUGGAGAGCCUGGGUCAUAGUGAGUAUGCUCUGAAGGCGGGCUUUCAUCUCAACCCCAAAGCUGUGGAGGUAGCCUUACAGGGCUGUUGCGGGGAAGCAGAGGCCCAGCAGGCGGGCAGGAUGCAGACCACCACUCAGCCCAUCCAGUCCGAGCUGCCCACCAUCCCCGUUCAGAUCGGCUCACACUUCCUGAAAGGAGUCUCGUUCAAUGAGUCAGCGGCAGAUAACCUCAAGCUGAAAACACACACGAUGCUGCAGCUCAUCAAGGAGGCUCUGGGCCAGAACGGAGUGACCCCGAGAGACGACUCCCCCGUCACAGAGGUCCUCAACCAAGUCUGCCCAUCCAGCUGGAGAGGAGCCUGCAAGACGGCCGUCCAGCUGCUGUUUGCACAAGCUGGUCUGGUGGUGGUCGAUACAGCUCAGAUUGAAAACAAAGAAGCCUAUGCUCCACAGAUCACUCUGGAGGGAUCCAAGGUGGUCGUCCAAGUUCCUUCUACAUGGUGUCUGAAGGAAGACCCGGCCACCAUGUCUCUGCUCCAGCGCAGCCUGGAUCCAGAGAAGACACUGGGCCUGGUAGACGUGCUUUACACAGCCGUGUUCGACAUAAACAGGUGGAAGGAGAGAAAAGAACAAGCCCUGCCCACUAUUCAGAUCCAGCUGCAGCGAGAGACUCCGGACUACGGCAGCCCGGCAGAUUUGCCUCCAGGCACCACCUCCAAGACCUCCAGUGGACUGCCCAAAACUAUAUCCAAGCUCACUUCCAAGUUCACCAGGAAAGUCUCGUCCAGCUCAAACAGCGGGGGCAGCUAUUCCAUCCCCAACACUCCGUCUCGCAGCAUGCUGUCUACCAGUAGCUCGGAGGAGAAGGCCAAGGGCCUGGGCCACAGCGACGGGAGGAUCCAGAGCAUCCUGCAGAUGGGCGGGCUGUCGUGCGGCCCGGACUCCGGCCAGCAAAACCAGCUGGCCAACGGCUCGGAGGACCAGGGCAUGAACCUGCCCACUGACCAAGAGAUGCAGGAUGUCAUUGACUUUCUCUCAGGAUUCAACAUGGGCAAAUCCCAGCAGGCCUCACCCCUGGUCAAGAGAAGGAACUCCGUGGCGUCGGCAAACCCCGCAGAGCUGAAGCCCCCAAGCGGUCCGCCUCCUGCCUCCCAGCCGAUCUCUCACGGCGCCCUGCAGCCCCCAGCUCAGACCCUGCCUCAGCCACAGCCGCAGCCUCCACCGUCCGUGCAGAAGCAGCAGCAGCAGCCGCCGCCUCAGCCGCAGCCUGCUCCUCCUCCACAGCCGCCCCAGCAGCAGCCCCCGCCUCAGCAGCCCUCCCCUCAGGCCCUGCAGUACUACCAGCACCUCCUGCAGCCCAUCACCCAGCAGCAGGCGCCGCCUCCUCAGCUCCCCCCCCAGCAGACGCAGCCGCAGGUCCUCCCACAGCAGAGAGUGGCCAGCAAGUGGCUCGGCAGCUCCGGCCAGCAACCCCCACCGCAGGGGCCCCCAGCCGGGCUGUCACCCCUGGGUCCCAUCGGGCAGUGGGGGUCCCCCGGACUGCCCGACCUGAGCUCGGACCUGUACAGUCUGGGCCUGGUCAGCACCUACAUGGACAGUGUCAUGUCCGAGAUGCUGGGCCAGAAGCCGCAAGGCCCCCGAAACAAUACGUGGCCUAACAGGGACCAGAGCGAGGGGGUGUUUGGAGUCCUGGGAGACACGCUGCCCUUCGACCCAGCAGUUGGCUCCGACCCGGAGUUCGCACGUUACGUGGCCGGCGUCAGUCAGGCCAUGCAGCAGAAACGUCAGGUGCAGCACAUCCGGAGACCCAGCAACCCGCGCAGCAACUGGCCAAUGCCUGAUGAGCAGCACCGGACCUGGUCCCACCCAGAGUACUACAGCGAGGGUGAGACGGUCAACAGCAGCUGGUCGGCCAAUCAGGGCGACUCGGCCAGCUCCAGUGAUGAGACGUCCUCCGCGAACGGCGACAGCCUUUUCUCCAUGUUUUCUGGGCCCGACCUUGUAGCAGCGGUUAAACAAAGAAGAAAACACAGCUGUGGGGAGCCAGAGGUGUGCACCCUGCCGUCACCGCCUCUCCACCACAUCGGAGACGACAGCCAGGACAGCAAGACGAAAACCUGGCCCCCCAAAGCGCCGUGGCAGCACUCCACCCACACCAACACCAUGCCUAGUACCAGCUCUUCCUUGUACCAGAUGAACAUCCCCCCCUCCUCGCAGUGGAGCGACUCCAUGCAGAUGCUGCAGUCGCCCGUGUGGUCCACGGCCAGCGACUGCUCCCCCUCCACCGGCAUCUCCUCCGGGUUCCCCUUCACCCAGCAGCAGCAGCAGCAACAGCAGCAGCAACAACAGCAGCAGCAGCAGCAGCAACACAAACCCAUAACCAAGGGCUUCAAAUCCUUCCCCAUCAAACACGAGCACCGGCCCUCGUACCUUCACCAGUACUGAAGUCCACGGCCGCCGCCGCGCCGCCGCGCCACCGCGCCCCGCAGCAUCACCAGGCUGACAGUGUUCAGUUCACACACACUGGCUUAACAUUUUUUCUAUCUAUAUUUUUCCAUGUCAGACAUCCCCAUUUGGAAAACAAAAAGAGGUGUAUUUUGAAGUUUUUUGGAACUGCCAUUGUUUAGAACUCCAACAAGGUGCAUGUGUCUCGCCAGCAGAGGUGAAGUCUCGUGGCCGUUCUUCUGUCUGCCGGGUUUUCCUCAGACAAGAGCUGGAGACGCGCACGGCCGUCGCUCACUUGCUUCUGCAGCUGAACGUGUGUGUGAGUGCGUGCGUGCGUGCGUGCGUGUGUGUGCAGAGGAGGCCGGGAGGCUGCGUCACAAGGUGGGGGCUUUAAACGCUCUCAUUCUUCCCAUAAAUAUACUGUGUCUACUUAGCUGUAACUGCCAAAUCUCACGCAGGAUGACUCAGAAUACAGCUACCAUCUACUGUUUCAUAGCUUGUAACAUACGGAAGUUGAAAUAUAAAUAUUUAGUUCUUUUUAUUAAGAGGCUUUGAGCAGGCUCAGCGUAAAUAUAGUAAGUCACUGCAGAGGUGUAAUAUGAGAGAAAUACACUACUUUUUUUUUCUUUUCUUUUUUUUUUCCAACAACUGACCAGAGUUAGGAACUAUAGCAGUAAACUGUGCCAUGUUGGUAUUGAUAGCACUUGCAGAAUAUUAUUUCCAACCAAAGCGUUGUUCAGAAGACGAAUGGUGCUGAAGAGACCCAGAUUUCUCUCCAAAAAGCCCCUCGCCCAGCUGGAUGAAAGAAAAACCUUCAUCUGGUUCUCUCUGAAUUGGCUGUCGUUUGCUCCAUACUGACACUAACUCCCGUAAAAAUUAAAAAAAAAAAAAAAAAAGGCUAACCUUUCUUCUGUUGAAUAAUAUACAAUAUUUUUCAUGUACUAUCGACAGUAUUAAUCUUAUUUUUGUAUUUUCUUACAUGUUAUACCAUUACUGUAUGUUAGUAUUCUUGUAGACAUAUUGCAUAAAAAAAACAUUAUUUUCCACCUCCCAAUAUGUGAAAAAAGCACAUUUUUUCCUACAGAGUUGAACUACACCAUCUAUCUAUAAAGGUUACCAAAUAUGCCAUGCUAAACACUAAAAUAUUGUGCGAUGAGGGUGUUUUUCGAGCCCUCAUUUCUUCGGUUUUUAUGGCGAUGGGCUGUAUUUAAAAGCCCAGAAUGUUAUCUUUUUGUGAUGUUUGCGGAUGCCAAUGUUGCCUGUAUUUAUGAAAUGACACCAUGUUUUCAGAAAACUAACAUACUUAACAUGUUUACAGAGAAUUGUUUGCUGUAUAUACAUAUAUAAAUAUAUAUAUAUAAAAAAUAUAUAUAUCUUUUUAUAGUUAAUGUGCAUUGCACAAUCGAGAUAUAGAGUUUGUUGCUUUUCGUCUGUGUUAUCUCCCUAACUGUUGCAGCCUUUUUUAAGACAUCAUUUCAGACCUUGGACUGUAACUGUUAGCUUCUCAGCUGUGUCAAAUGGUUUACUAGUGGCUUUGACAAAAGAGUUUAAAAAAAAAAAAAAAAAAAAAAAGUUAAAAUAAAAACA